AUGUACGACGCGAUAUACGGUUGCACGGCUCGGCUCUGUGGUACCUUCCAUGCGUGCAGUCCAUAUUUCCUGAGAGGGGCUGACACAACGUUGGGGCGGAUGGGCUUAGGUCCCUUCAAUCCCUUAAAAAGCGCGGCGUGGACAGCAUGGAAGAGGUGGUACAGGCUAAAAGUUGUGGGAGGACCUCUCACGGGACACUUCUCAGGCCUGGGCGAGUACCUCAACGGCGGCUUUUUAAACCUCGCGACAUCAGCAGUAAUGUAUCACGCAAUGUUGCGAAGGCUGGAGAAGGGCCACAGACACUCCCUCACCUUGGGGGAGCAAGACUUCCUGUCUGCAAUCUUCAUCACAGACCCUAUGACGGAGGCGGAGAUUUCCAGAGAAGGCGUCGUGGCGGGCAAUCAUGGCGGAGGUUUUAGGAACGAUAAGAGCUACAUGGAUAAGCAUUAUGAAAGUUCGAAGGCAGGCGAAGCUCCUUCUACCUCGAGAUAUUUCGAUAUGGUUAGAUUUGAACGCUUCCCAUUAGGGUUCAACAUGAACUGCGCUACGCAAGCAACGGGUGGGUGGGAAAGCCGGGGGGGAUGGGGCGAAGAGCGUGAGCACACAACGAGC